UGAGCGGUGGUCAGAUGUCAACAUUGUGACAACGCUGUAACAACCCAACAAACACAGAACGUUGGCAGAACGUAGCCAACCUUCUAACAACGUUUUAACAACGUGGCCAAAACGUUUCUAUAACUACGUUGCGUUGUGAAGGUUGUUACAGCGUUGUCACAAUGUUGACAUCUGACCACCGCUCAGUUCCAUUGCUCAAGGUUGCGCUUGGGUGUCUGGACUACCACUGGACGACGUGUACUCGUCACUGCUCCGAUUCCUCUGGAGCUCGGAUUUUAAAUUUCCACGACCGUUGAACCGUCUCUUCCUCGAGCAAGGAAGGAUAUGCUAUUUUCUUACUCAUAGCUUUCAGUCAGGCGACUGGAGGGCAAAACACAGAACUGCAGGACAGGCCUGACAAUUUUCCAUCUGUUUCAAACAACAAAUAUUACAUCGCGUCUCAAAAAAAGGUGGGUGUUAUAUAAAAACUAGCAAUGAAGGCAAUAUCAACACCAUACAACAGGCCCUGCUCUCCUCACCAAGAACAACACCCGAGCCAUCACGGACAUGGAAGGGUCUUGACAACUUGCCAAGAACUGGAUUUUUUGAGAUGCUAGGGAGGACUAUGGAGCAACUAUACAUACAUUCAGUGAUGCCACAGCAACAUUUAAGUAAUUUCUCCUUUAAGAUUUCUGCAACACACCAAACAUGGAUGACAAGAGUGAAGGACAAGGUUAUGGCUCAUCAAUUUUAAGAGAGCAGUGAGAACAAGUCAACGUGGAAAAUCACAAGUAUCCAAAGGAAAAAGAUGUCAAAAAGCAUGCUGAAAAAUACCUUUGCCAUAAUCUGUGCACAGGUGGCUGUCUGCGCUCUGGUGUGGGCGCAGUGCCCCUCUCGCUGCAGCUGUCCGGCUGAAUAUCCGCCGUGCGCUCCCGGUGUGAGCAUUAUUCUGGAUGACUGCGCCUGUUGUGUGGCGUGCGCCAGGCAGCAGGGUGAACUCUGCUCUCAAGCCAAUCCCUGCGAGGGUCUCAGGUGCGUUUACGGCGGUGGUGCACACAAGAGGACUGGUGUAUGUGUAGCUCAUGAAGGAGACGCAUGCCUAUUAGGUGGCACUUUCUAUCAAAAUGGAGAGGUAUUCUUUCCGAGCUGCAAAUAUCAGUGUAUCUGUAAGGAUGGUCAGAUUGGAUGUGUGCCACGCUGUAAACUAGAUGUGAUGCUUCCAGGGCCUGAUUGCCCCUUUCCACGGAGGAUCCAAGUUCCAGGAGAAUGUUGUGAGAAAUGGGUGUGUGAUUCUCAUGCUGAGAUCAGUGUACUUGGUGGCUUUGCAAUGGCUGCUUACAGGCAGGAAGAGACAGUUGGCAUUGACCAGUGGGACUCCAGUGUAAACUGUAUUGAGCAGACCACGGAAUGGAGUGCCUGCUCAAAAACCUGUGGUAUGGGAAUGUCCACCAGAGUAACUAAUAAGAACCAGCACUGUGAGAUGAUCAAGCAGAGCAGACUUUGUAUGAUCAGACCCUGUGAAAGCCUGAACAAGCAGAGAACCACAACAAGGGAAGACAGGUGUCUAAGAACAAGAAGAAACACUGAAACCUACUUCACCUUCAAGAAUUGCACAAGCGUCCAAUCCUACAAGCCCCGUUUUUGUGGGCUGUGCAGAGAUGGCCGGUGCUGCACCCCUCACAGCACUAAGACAGCUCAGGUGGAGUUCCAGUGUCCUGAAGGCAAGAUCAUCAGGAAACCAAUGAUGUUUAUUAAUACCUGUGUUUGUCAUCAUCACUGCCCACGUGACAACAACAUCAACCAGCUUUCUGCCAGCACCGGUUACAGUGGACUUCAGCUCUAAUAAAUACAAUGAACUAUGAAUAAAUAUGUGAAGUUAAUUUCAUCAUAUUUAUACCUUUUGGGGGAUGAAAGUAUAUAAGAUUUGUACAAUUAAAAAAAAAAAAAAAAAAAACUGCUGUGUAUGUUUUUAUCCUGCAGAGGGUCUGGGGAUGAUGAAAAGGUGACCACUAUGAUCCUAAAUAUAAAACCAAAUGGCAAUGUUAAAAAAACCUGCACACUUAAUAAUUAUUAUUUGUUAAAAUGGUUCAGAAUUAAAACAAAAAGUAUUUGGACAUUUUCUGGUUGUCAAAGGGGAACAUGUUUGUUAAUAGUUAAAAGAGAUAGUUCAAAUGAAAAUUCUGUCAUUCAUGUCAUUGCAAACCCACAAACCCACAAGACGUUCAAGUUCAUCUUUGAAACACAAAUGAUCUAACCCUUACAAAGUUACACAAUUACUAAGCAUUUUCCUGAUUUGCAGUUCUUUAUAGAGCUGGCCGUAAGCAAAUAACCCUUACUGAAUGCCAUCUGACCACCUCGGUUCAACUGGUCUUGCUUCAACAGUUAAGAAACAUUCCACCAAUGUCACAUGAAUUCUUUUCUUGGAAGGUUUGUGUAAAGGUGACCUCUCCCAGGCCCUUGUGGCCUGAAGAAUGCAGCGUGUAUUGUGUGAUAUGUCAGUCACACAAAUUCUGGAAUUCUUUUUCUUUCUUUCUUUCUUUCUUUCUUUCUUUCCAUCUAAGGUCUUCUUCAAGAGCUACAUUCCAAUAAGGUUCUGAUUUUAAUGAAAUAUUUCUGAAAACAAGAAUUGUCUUUAUUUUUUUGUAUUAUUUUGUGUAGUUUAUAGACUAAUUUAACUAAAUCAUUUACAUAAAUUGUGCACAUUAUAAGGUUUCAAACAUAAUUUCCAGUUUUACGUCUAAUAAGUAUUUCCUAAUAAAGCUGUUUUUUUUUUUUAAA